GAAAAGGGCCCGCGGGAGGAAGUGCUGGAGCUCUCGACUCUCCGCUGCGCGGCCGCUGGCGGGGGGAGCUGCCAGGUGAGCCUAAGAUGCUGCUGCGCUCGAAGCCUGCGCUGCUGCCGCCGCCGCCGCCGCUGCUGCUGCUGCUCUUGGGGCCGCUGGGUCCCCUCUCCCCGGGCGCCCUGGCCGGACCUGCGCAAGCACAGGACGUCGUGGACCUGGACUUCUUCACCCAGCAGCCGCUGCACCUGGUGAGCCCCUCGUUCCUGUCGGUCACCAUCGACGCCAACCUGGCCACGGACCCGCGGUUCCUCAUCUUCCUGGGUUCUCCAAAGCUUCGUACCUUGGCCAGAGGCUUGUCCCCUGCGUACCUGAGGUUUGGUGGCACCAAGACAGACUUCCUAAUUUUCGAUCCCAAGAAGGAAUCAACCUUUGAAGAGAGAAGUUACUGGCAAUCUCAAGUCAACCAGGAUAUUUGCAAAUCUGGAUCCAUCCCUCCUCAUGUGGAGGAGAAGUUAUGGUCGGAAUGGCCCUACCAGGAGCAAGUGCUACUCCGAGAACACUACCAGAAAAAGUUCAAGAACAGCACCUACUCAAGAAGCUCUGUAGAUAUGCUGUAUACUUUUGCAAAUUGCUCAGGACUGGACUUGAUCUUUGGCCUAAAUGCAUUAUUAAGAACAGCAGAUUUGCAGUGGAACAGUUCUAAUGCUCAGUUGCUGCUGGACUACUGCUCUUCCAAGAGGUAUAACAUGUCUUGGGAACUAGGCAAUGAACCUAACAGUUUCCUUAAGAAGGCUGAUAUUUUCAUCAAUGGGUCGCAGUUAGGAGAAGAUUUUAUUCAAUUGCAUAAACUUCUAAGAAAGUCAACCUUCAAAAAUGCAAAACUCUAUGGUCCUGAUGUUGGUCAGCCUCGAAGAAAGACUGCUGAGAUGCUGAAGAGCUUCCUGAAGGCUGGUGGAGAAGUGAUUGAUUCAGUUACAUGGCAUCACUACUAUUUGAAUGGACGAACUGCUACCGAAGAAGAUUUUCUAAAUCCUGAUGUAUUGGACAUUUUUAUUUCAUCUGUGCAAAAAGUUUUCCAGGUGGUUGAGAGCACCAGGCCUGGCAAGAAGGUCUGGUUAGGAGAAACAAGCUCUGCAUAUGGAGGGGGAGCGCCCUUGCUAUCCGACACCUUUGCAGCUGGCUUUAUGUGGCUGGAUAAAUUGGGCCUGUCAGCCCGAAUGGGAAUAGAAGUGGUGAUGAGGCAAGUAUUCUUUGGAGCCGGAAACUACCAUUUAGUGGAUGAAAACUUCGAUCCUUUACCUGAUUAUUGGCUAUCUCUUCUGUUCAAGAAAUUGGUGGGCACCAAGGUGUUAAUGGCAAGCGUGAAAGGCCCAAAGAGAAGGAACCUUCGAGUAUACCUUCAUUGCACAAACAUUGACAAUCCAAUGUAUAAAGAAGGAGAUUUAACUCUGUAUGCCAUAAACCUCCAUAAUGUCACCAAGUACUUGCGGUUACCCUAUCCUUAUUUUGAGAAGCAAGUGGAUAAAUACCUUCUAAGACCUUUGGGACCUCAUGGAUUACUUUCCAAAGCUGUCCAACUCAAUGGUCAAACUCUAAAGAUGGUGGAUGAUCAAACCUUACCACCUUUAAUGGAAAAACCUCUCCGGCCAGGAAGUUCACUGGGCUUGCCAGCUUUCUCAUAUAGUUUUUUUGUGAUAAGAAAUGCCAAAGUUGCUGCUUGCAUCUGAAAAUAAAAUAUACUAGUCCUGACACUGAA